AUGAAAGCAAUUUGUGGGACUGUUUAUGCUGUAAAGCUUUUGGAGUUCUUCCCCUGGAUGGAUGAUGUGUUUAAGUUAAUGUACCUGAAUAGGUCAUGGAAGAGAGUCAUCCUCGAUGUGAUCAACAACACGAACUUCCUGAGGGGGAAAAAAAUAAUGCGACUCAAAAAUAGGAAGAGCAUUUUUCUCAUUCUCAAGUACAUGAGCGGGGUCCCUCCCCUUGGGGGCGACCUCCCCCCACUGCCAGCAUUGCCCGGAUCAUCAGGAUCAUCCGCAUUGUCUGCAUCCCUGGACCGAGUUGGACGACAAUUCCCCGAGAACACCAUCCAGUGUCCCUUCCCGAACGUGCUAGAACUAAUUAUUGGCUCGUGUAACCCUAACCCCUUGUUCUUUAACUACAUCCAGAAUACCUUCCCUCACUUGACGUGCUUCAAGCUAAUGAUAACAUCCCCCGUGUGCAUUCCUCUGCUAAAAAACUUUUGCUUCAACUCCAAGAACCUGCGCUACAUAAUAAUAAGCAUCGUAAAUCGACAGCUAGUCACAGAUUACCGAGAGAAGCUGGAAAAGAACCUGAGUAACUUCUUUCGCCUGUGGGGCAUAAAUGUUACGCUCAUAACGGAGUUAGGAACCUAG